AUGCUUCUGAAUCAGGUUGUGGAAACGGAAUUCCGUAAGGUUGGUGGCCAUUUGAGCAAAGAUGAAGCCAUAGCUCUGCUAAGAAAGUGUUUGGAGUUGACAAUCUAUCACGAUUGUGUGGCCGAUAACGAGUUCGAAAUCUCAACGAUUGACAAGGAUGGAGCAAAGUUGGGAAAACCUGAAAUGGUUACCGGUAACUGGGAUAUUGCUGAAUACAAUUGUGAUUACGAAUGA